UCAUGGUGGGGGGGGGUACGUACAGACGAACAAAUUUGAAACAUUGCUGAUUGUGCCAAACUGUUAUAAAUGAUAAAGUAACACAAAGUAAUAUAUGUUAAUUAUGCACCAAUAUAUGAAAAUAAAAUUUUUUAUUUAUUUCCUACAUAGAAAUUCGUUAUAGAUUUGUUAUUGCAUUAUUAAAAGAAAAUUUCCACAUCGACAACGUUCAGAUCGCGGCCAUCUUUUCGUCCCACAGUCAGUGGAAAUCUUCUCUUCAUUCUCUUGAGUAAAUUAAAAUGGCGUGGGGAGAAUAUCCAGCAGGCUACAAUCCAAAUGUACAUGGACCUUAUGAUCCAGCCCGCUUCUAUGGCAAAGCUGAUACUGCCCUAGCUAAAGUGAAACUAGGAGAGCUCACUUCUUGGCUUGGACGCAGGGAUUUGAGUUUGGGUGGCAUUUCAGGAGGCUUCAGCCGUGGAUUUUGGCGCUGGCAACACAAGUAUAUGCAGCCUAAAAAGGUUGGAAUUGCACCAUAUGUUCAAAUUACUGUUGGAGCCAUGAUUUUCUUCUACACUCUUAAUUAUGGAAAGAUGAAGCACCACCGCAAUGUUAAACACCACUGGUAAAAGUUGAUUGUGGAAACAGUCUACCAACUCCAACUGUAUAGCCAAUUCAAUAGCUUAUAAAAACCAAUACAUACAAACAAAACA